AUGUGGAACACGCGAGACGACCAAAUUUCCUAUACUACUAACCCAAUUAAAGGUUUCGAGCAGGUGACAAAGCGUAGAGUGUUAUCGGAAAUCGCGAAAAUUUUUGAUCCUAUAGGCUUAUUAGGCCCGGUUAUACUAUUCGCCAAGAGGCUGAUGCAAGACGUGUGGCGGUGCGGAAUCCAGUGGGAUGAGCCCGUUCCGCGAAUUAUUCUCAAUGAAUGGUCCGAGUUUACGCGUCAAUGGGAAUUAAUGGACCACAUUUCCUUCGAUCGUAAGUUGUUAAUAGAAAAUCACUCUAAUAUACAGAUUCAUGGCUUUUGUGACGCUAGCAGGGUCGGAUAUGGCGUUUGUAUUUACGUACGCUCAAAGAACAAUCAGGACGCCGUGUUAUCGCGUUUAUUAUGCGCCAAAUCGCGAGUUGCGCCGUUAAAGCCCGUGACCAUUCCACGUCUUGAGCUCUGCGGAGCAUUAUUGUUAGCACGAUUAUACCAUGAAGUAAUCGAUACGUUAAAUUUCGUUCCUAACAGAGUAGUUUUUUGGUGCGAUUCGACCAUAGUGCUGCAUUGGCUCAAGACUGAAAUACAUCAACUUAAGACGUUUGUAGCUAAUCGAGUCACGGAGAUUCGAGAUCUUACUGAGACAGUAGAGUGGAAACAUAUCCGCACAAAAGAUAAUCCCGCGGAUGCGGUCUCAAGAGGCCAACUUCCUCUCGUUUUCUUACAAAAUCAAACGUGGCGGGCAGGCCCUUCGUGGUUAAUCGACAAUGAGAAUCAAUGGCCUAAUGAUAUCGCACAAAGUUGCGAAAUUCCUGAAUUAAAAAAGAACACCUGUUUAACGACGACGGCGGGCAAUCUAGAAAUCUUCUAUAGAUUUUCAUCUUACGCUAAAUUGUGUAGAAUUGUCGCGUACUGUCGCCGUUUUCGUCCCGCCAAUAAAUAUAAGGAAGCGUUAUGUAACAAGGAAAUCUCUGAAGCCGAGUUACAGAUUUUGAAAAAAUUGCAAUCAUCUCAAUUUCAAAGGGAAAUUAAAGAGCUUGAAAAUAAAAGUCGCGUCAUUAAACAUAGAAUUGCCGGUUUAAAUCCAUUUCUAGACCAAGAUGGUAUCAUCAGAGUUGGAGGUCGUCUGCAGGGAUCAAAUCUGUCUUUUGCUCAGAAGCAUCCGAUCCUCCUCCCAAGCCGUAACCCUUUAACUGACAUCAUCAUUCGAGAAAUACAUGAAUCAAAUUAUCACGCAGGUAUUCAGCACACGUUAGCUGCCAUGCGUCAGAGGUUCUGGGUAUUCGAUGGUAGAAAUCAAGUGCGCAAAGUAAUUCGCACAUGCGUACGGUGCUUUAGAUUCGACUCUAACAACGUUCAGCCCAAAAUGGGAAACCUCCCCGCAGUGCGCGUAAGUGAGGCAAUUCCAUUUUCUAAUACCGGUAUCGAUUUCUGUGGGCCCUUUUAUAUUAAGGAGCGAAAAUUCCGGAACAAGACACGAAUUAAGGUAUAUGUUUGUAUAUUUGUGUGCAUGUCUGUUAAAGCCGUACAUCUUGAGAUCGUUUCCGAUCUGACAACCGACGGAUUUUUAGCCGCGCUACGACGUUUCGCCGCGAGACGAGGAUUACCGGAGCAUAUAUACUCCGACAAUGGCACGAACUUCGUCGGUGCCAGUAAUCAAUUAAAGGAAGUAUACGCCUUGCUUAACUCCGAAAAUCACAAGCAUCGGAUAAACAAAUUCGCGAGCGACCGUCGUAUAGUAUGGCAUUUUAUUCCUCCGGCAGCACCACAUUUCGGUGGACUUUGGGAGAGCACUGUAAAAUUAUUUAAACAUCAUUUUCGACGCGUGGUAGGAGACUCCUUAUUCACGUUCGAAGAACUAAAUACGUUUGUCGCCGAAGUCGAGGGGAUUUUAAAUUCUAGGCCAAUUACCACACUUUCGUCUGAUCCCAAUGAUAUGUCCGUUUUAACACCAGCUCACUGUCUGAUUGGCAAGCCUCUAACGGCCCUCCCGGAGGGAGAUUUAACUUGUGUUCCAGCUAAUCGUCUGUCUACCUGGCAACACAUUACAAAGGUUAGACAAGACUUCUGGGCACGAUGGUAUCUGGAAUACCUUAACGAACUCCAAAUACGCCACAAGUGGACCAAAGACGGCCCACAAUUGAAGAUUGGAACCAUAGUUCUGAUCAAAGACAAACGGAUUCCCUGCACGCAGUGGAUGUUAGGCCGAAUCACAAAACUGUUUCCAGACCAGGACGACGUAAUUAGAACCGUCUCCAUUACAACAACAUCUGGAGAGAUUAUGAGACCAGUCAAGAGUCUCUGUCCAUUACCAAUGGAACAAGCGUAA